CCUAACUCCUUAUACCACUUUACUUCUUUAUCAACUUGGUUUCUUGCAAGGAGGGAACUAGGUAACAAAUUCAGUCAUGUCUGGAGAAUUAGGAGUUCUAAAUGCACUAGAUGUGGCAAAGACACAAUUGUACCAUUUCACUACAAUUGUGAUAGCUGGAAUGGGUUUCUUCACUGAUGCUUAUGAUCUUUUCUGCAUUUCUCUUGUUACAAAGUUGUUAGGGAGAAUAUAUUACACUGAACCAAAUCCAACAAGACCAGGAACACUUCCACCAAGUGUUCAAUCAGCUGUAACUGGUGUUGCACUUGUUGGAACACUAGCAGGCCAAUUAUUCUUUGGUUGGCUUGGGGACAAAAUGGGAAGAAAAAAAGUAUAUGGUUUGACUCUUAUUCUCAUGGUUGUUUGUUCUGUUGCUUCAGGACUCUCUUUUGGCUCAAGUCCAAAGAGUGUUAUGGCAACACUUUGUUUCUUUAGGUUUUGGCUUGGUUUUGGUAUUGGUGGUGAUUACCCUCUUUCAGCUACAAUCAUGUCUGAAUAUGCUAACAAAAAAACUAGAGGUGCAUUUAUUGCUGCUGUUUUUGCCAUGCAAGGUUUUGGUAUCUUAGGUGGUGGAAUUGUUGCUUUGAUUGUGGUUUCUAUAUUUGAUCACAAAUAUAAGGUUCCUACCUUUGAAGAAAAUCCAGCUGCAUCAUUGUUAGUGCCUCAAUUUGAUUAUGUUUGGAGACUUAUUCUUAUGUUCGGUGCUCUUCCAGCUGCAUUGACGUACUACUGGCGAAUGAAAAUGCCAGAAACAGCUCGUUACACGGCUCUUGUUGCUAAGAACGCGAAACAAGCUGCUGCGGAUAUGUCUAAGGUAUUGCAAGUUGAACUUGAAGUUGAAGAAGAGAAGGUACAAAAAAUGACUAGUGAUAAAAGGAAUAGUUAUGGCUUGUUCAGCAAGCAAUUCGCAAAACGACAUGGUUGGGCUUUGUUUGGAACAUGUAGUACUUGGUUUUUGUUGGAUAUUGCUUUCUAUAGUCAGAAUCUUUUCCAAAAGGACAUUUUUAGCGCAAUCGGAUGGAUCCCUCCGGCAAAAGAAAUGAAUGCAAUUCAUGAGGUUUACAAGAUUGCAAGAGCACAAACACUUAUUGCGUUGUGCAGUACUGUUCCGGGCUACUGGUUCACAGUCGCAUUUAUCGAUCACAUGGGUCGUUUCGCUAUUCAAAUGAUGGGAUUCUUCUUCAUGACUGUUUUCAUGUUUGCUCUUGCCAUACCAUAUGAUCAUUGGAGCAAGGAAGAGAAUAGAAUUGGGUUUGUUGUAAUGUACUCACUAACAUUCUUCUUUGCUAAUUUUGGUCCAAAUGCUACAACAUUUGUUGUACCGGCAGAGAUUUUUCCGGCUAGGUUAAGGUCUACCUGUCAUGGAAUAUCAGCUGCUGCAGGAAAGGCAGGAGCAAUUGUUGGUGCAUUUGGAUUCUUGUAUGCUGCACAAAGUAAAGAUCCUACCAAGACCGAUAAAGGGUACCCAACCGGUAUUGGGAUUAAGAACUCUCUUAUCAUGCUUGGUGUGAUCAACUUUGUUGGGAUGUUAUGCACUUUACUUGUCCCGGAAUCAAAGGGAAAAUCAUUGGAAGAGUUGAGUGGAGAGAAUGAAGGAGAAAGUGUUGAGGACACUCGGCAAGAAGGAUCGGGGGUUUAAACUGUGCUCACAGUCAUGAAUACAGUUCCAGGCGUUGCCGGUGGGACUGUGGGCAUUGCAACGUGAUUUAAGUUUAUAUUUUCUCCAGAUAUUAAUAAUGUCCGUGACAUAUUUAAAAACCUUGUUCCUUUUAUUUUUCCAUCCACAUUUCGUCUCUUCCUGUUGCUGCCCCAUGCGAUCAUCGUUGUGUGAUGUGGCCUGCAAUUGGAAACCAUGAACAAGAUAUGCUAGGAUAGUUUAUGUUUGAUUCAACAAAGGGAUGUGUAUUAUAUUGUUUGAAGAUUUCAAAACUAGUUAUUGGUUGUUUGUAUUGUAUUCACAAUAAUGAUAUAGUUCUUUGCUUCUUGGUGUAAGAACAAAUCCUAUGUAAAGUGUUUGCCUUUGGUUGUAUCUAAUCUACUCUUGUAUAAUUGAUUUUAGCCUUUGUUUAAGAUUGUGGUAACAUGUCUUAAACACAAGUCUUAAUUUU